AUGUCGGAGCGCAUCGAGCGAAGACACAUCCCCUAUCUACCCUUUCACAAGCAGAUUAUCCGAGAGAUAUGCCGGCCGCAGAAGGACGACCUCCUCAUCAUCGCCAAGGGACUCGGAUUGCGUCGCGUGAGUUCACGAGAGCUUAUGACAGCUGACUUGAAGAUCGUCUGCGCACUCCUCAAGACCUACGAUAAGAAGGAAGACCUUGUUCUCGUCAUCAAUGCGCGUCCAGAAGAUGAGGCAGGAAUCGGCGAUGAGCUCGGCAUUAUGGGAGUGCGCGAUCCUGGGUUCAGGAUAUUGACGUACGAGAUGAGCAUCAGUGAACGACAAGCCAUGUAUAAAGGGGGCGGUCUGUACUCUGUGACGAGCAAAAUUCUUGUCACAGACUUACUGAGUGAGCGAACGCUCUGCGCUUUGGCUGACGAAACAGAGAAGAUUGUGCCUGUAGAGUUGAUCACCGGCAUCGUGGUUCUUCAUUCUGAGACGUAUGUCUACCGCCUGAACAGCUCUAACCAUCAGGGUGAAGCGAGGAAGCUUGGAGGAGUUUGCCGUGCGCCUUUACCGGAGAAAGAACCAAACAUGCUUGUCAACCUCAACAUGAAUAGUGUCAUGCUCUGGCCUAGGCAGAAUCUUGAUCUCGAAGACCUCACGGUGCGGAACGCGCAGUUCAAGAACUUCGACACCAUCGUGUAUAUGCGGCUGCGUCCGGUAUGGCACAAGGUGGGCAUGAAAACGAAGAUUCACGUCCAAGCUCUUGCAGAGCUACGUGACUUGCAGACUUGGCUGCUCGAGUAUGACUCCGCCACUUUCGCUGCGUAUAUCAACACGCUUCAACGGCAGCACUUCCUCGCGCAGAAGAAGACGUUUGGACCACAACAGUAUUUGCACGACUGGUUCAAUGCUCCUGCCGCCGCUGAACUGGUCUCGGCGUCUCAGUUGCGUGUUUCGAAACCCAAGAUUACGAUCGAGGGCACAGCAAGCACUCUAAUCCCAGAUGGCGAGCGUCAUCGGGAGUCCAAUGCCACCAGCAACGGUGAAAGUGCUCGAGAAGAGUUUGAGGAGGAGAUGGAAGCCGUCCGCGAGCUCGAGGCCGCUCGUGAUCGUCCGAUAGGUGGCAUUCCCGAGACCGAGGAAGACGAGGUCAUGGUCGAGGUCGCGUCGCAGAUGGAGACGAUACCGCAGCCGAGACAGCUGGAAAUUGAUGACAACGACGAGGACGACGAGCUGCAGGAUGUGACGACGGUCGAAGCUCCUCCGGUCUUCCGGCCUGUGGUUUUCUCUCUGGACGCAGAUCUAUCAUCGAGGGUGGAGACCAGGGUCCGGAAGGGCCAUGAACCAGUGCUUGAAGAACAGCCCAAGUGGGUGCUGCUGGCGAAGGUACUCAAGGAGAUUGAAGACACCAUUGCCAGUGUUUCGGAGUCGCAUGCCAAUCCACCUUUCUCUGAAGGCGGCGGUCGCAAGAUGAUGGAGACGCUAUUCCUCAGCAACUGGCAGUACGAGAAGAACGGCGACCGACUAGCCAACCCCGCACGAUACACAAACGGGGCUAAUGCAGAUCAGCUCGAUGCGUCGAAGGGAGCCAUGGAGAAGAAGAGGCAAGAGUACCGGAGAGGCGUCCCUUCCUACAAGAGGAGGAGGCAACGAGCGGGCGCCCCGAUGCAAAUGUCGCGGAAGGACACCAUCAAGGAGAACACGAUGAAGGAGCUAUCGGCUUUCGCCAGCGAUGACACGUCCCUGGAAGAUGCUCAGGUUCAGAGCCUUCAGCCCCAAGACAGUGGGGCGGGGUCUGGGGAAGCCUCGUCGGCCCCUCCCUUAGCGGAAAACGCAACCGCCAGCCUACUUGCCCGCGCUGGUGUCCUUGAGGAAGAAGAUCUCAUGCCGCGCUUUCACCGGUGGAUGGAGGGAGAAGGGCUGCUGGAGGACUGGUCGACAGACUAUGGCCUCUUGGCCCCCGAGGACAGCGUCAUUAUCCGCCCGUAUGGUGGUGAGGACGAUGAUAUCCUCCUCCAGGAGUUGCGGCCGCGGUUCGUCGUCAUGUACGAGCCGAAUCUAGCAUUCAUCCGACGUCUAGAGAUGACAUACACGAACUCUUUCGAGGAGGACCGCUUCCUGGCAACUGUGGCCCGCGAAGCUGAAGCGUUCAAGAAGUUGAUUGAGGACAGAGGUGGCAUGGUCAUACCGAUCUUCAACAAUGAUCCCCGAGCACCUAUGACGGACCCGAUUAGUCGCAAAACAACGACGUACUCUAGUCGUAAUGCUGGCGGUGGCGAUGGAGCGCCGGCGCCGCAGUUCGGCGCACUGCUGCCAUCGCUCAUCGAUGCCGCCGGCAUCAAAGUUGUGCCGGCGACUCUCACAGUUGGAGACUACAUCUUGACCCCCAAGAUGUGUGUGGAACGAAAAGCUUUGCCCGACCUGGAACAGUCGCUCGCUAAUGGACGCUUGCAUACGCAAUGCGAGGCGAUGACUGCACACUAUGAGACGUGCAUUCUCCUGAUUGAGUUUGAGGAAGACAAGUUCGGCAUCCGGACACAGGAGGACGCGCGCCGUGAGGCAGCUGGCCGUGGUGGCGAUGUCGACGAGUGGAAAGACACAUUCUACUUGCAGGCGAAGCUGACCCUGCUUGCCCUGCACUUCCCUCGACUGCGCAUCAUCUGGUCGUCCUCGCCACACGAAUCCGUCAAGAUUUUGUCGGAUCUCAAGCUGAACCACGAUGAGCCCGACGAAGACACGGCAAUGAAGAAGGGCCUGAGCAGCGCAGACGGUCCUGAUUCAUUGCAGCCACACGUCGAGAAUGCCGUGGCUGUGGAGAUGCUGCGUGCCAUCCCUGGCGUGAACGGGCACAACUUCCGGCACGUCAUGGCAAACGUCGGAAGCAUCCGGGAGCUUGUGGAGAUGGACGCGGAGCAGGUGAAGCGCAUCCUCGGCGAGGAGAACGGCACCAAGGCCUACCGCUUCUUGCAUCACGACGGACGGCGCCGGAAACGGUAA